UUUCCUUUACUUAGCACAUUACUCCGGUGUCCGACAGAACACACGGAGGGGAGGGUUUCUAGUUGUCAUUAUUCAUUGAAUACAUUGUAUGCAAGGUUCCGUCGAUGUAAUUGUUACAAUGAACCGCAGAAGGUUCAUAACAAGACUACUUAACCAGGAAACGAAAACAACUUGCCGAUGACUAGCGACACAACGAAAAUAUCUGUAUAUAACGUUACAUAGCUAGCUACUGAAUAGCUCUAAGGUAGUUAGCUAGCUAGUGGUGGUUCUUACGAAGAUGGCGGGGGUGUUUGAAGUGGAGGUAGACGGUGUAGAGCACAAUCAUGAUCAUGGACAUCACGCAGAAGAGGCUGUGCAGAUUGAUAUCUCCCAGCUCUCACCAGAGGAGAAAUGGAGGUUAGAGCAUGCCAGGAUGCAUGCCAAACAUAAGGGCCACGAGGCAAUGCAUGCUGAGAUGGUACUCAUCCUUAUUGUCACACUUGUCAUCGCUCAGCUCGUGCUGGUACAGUGGAAGCAGAGACACCCGAAAUCGUACAACAUGAUAACGUUAUUCCAGAUGUGGAUAGUACCACUGUACUUCACCACGAAAUUGCACUGGUGGCGAUUUCUUGUAACUUGGUUCAUCUUCUCCCUGGUGACUGCUUUUGUUACCUUCCGUGCCACACGAAAGCCACUCACGUGUACCACUCCAAGGCUUGUAUAUAAAUGGUUCCUCUUGCUGUACAAGAUCAGCUACACCACAGGGAUCAUUGGAUACAUUGUCAUCAUGUUUACCCUCUUUGGCCUUAACCUGCUUUUUAGGAUAAAGCCAGAAGACGCUAUGGAUUUUGGUGUGUCUUUGCUCUUUUAUGGUCUAUACUAUGGUGUCCUCGGCCGUGACUUUGCAGAGAUGUGUGCUGACUUCAUGGCCUCAACCAUAGGGUACUACACAACAUCUGGUAUGCCUACCAAAAGCCUGUCCGACAACAUUUGUGCUGUUUGUGGCCAGCCAAUUCUGGUGGAUGUCAGUGAAGAAGGCAUCAUUGAAAACACCUACAGAUUGUCCUGCAACCAUGUAUUCCAUGAGUUCUGCAUUAGGGGCUGGUGCAUUGUGGGGAAGAAACAGACUUGCCCGUACUGCAAAGAGAAGGUGGACCUGAAAAGGAUGUUCAGCAACCCGUGGGAGAGGCCACAUGUUAUGUAUGGACAGCUGUUGGACUGGCUUCGCUAUCUGGUUGCGUGGCAACCAGUAAUAAUUGGACUAGUGCAAGCAAUUAACUACUUUUUAGGACUGGAAUGAAAGUGACUAAAAAUGUCAGAAAAGAGAUUAAUAACAUGGACAGUAACUCCUCAUACGCGAACGGACACCUCUUGGACCCAUGACGAAAAGUGUGUUUGUUUUUUUUUGUUUCUAAAUGUAUUUUGAGUGUACAUGCACAAUAAGUGCUUACUGGUAUUAAAACUAAUCUGAAUUGUACAA